CGCGUUCUCAAGAGAUGGUCUCUGGUGGUCAUAUGGUCCUUACUAUCAUUGGCAGUGACAGGAAAGCUGAUUCUUCUGGCAACCAGAGUUGCACCAUCUGGGAGUUACUCGGAAUCACAUUAAAUGACAUGGUCCAAGAGAUACAGAACCCACUUUGCUCCUCCUUCCCUCUGCAGAAACACAUGGUUGGCUUGGGAUUGCUUCUUUGCAGACUUGGAUCCAAUGUCGUUGUCCAGACAGUGAGUUGUUCUAUUGGGAUUGCUUUAGCUGUUUACAAAACAUUUAAAGCUAUAGAGGAGAAAGAUCAAGAUGAGCAACAAUGGUGGCUUCUCUAUUGGGCAGCUUAUGGAUCUUUUAGUCUUGCGGAGGUGUUUGCAGAUAAACUUCUCUCUUGGUUUCCACUCUACUACCAUGUGAAGUUUGCAUUUCUUGUUUGGCUACAGCUUCCAUCUGCCAAUGGAUCAAAAGAUUUGUAUAUGAGCCAUCUUCGUCCAUUCCUACUUAAGCACUAAACUAUACUUGAUCAAAUUGUGGAUUUUAUAUACAGUCAAUUGAGUAAAUUUGUCAGCACACACCAAGCAAAAAUUCAGUUUGCAAAGACAAUUUCAUUGGAGAUUUUGACAUCAGGUCCCUGACGGGCUUGUGGAUGAGUCAGGGAUUCCAUUAAACAAGGGGAAUAUUCACAUUGCAAAGACAAGCCCCCACAGUGUGCUUACAGGCGUACAUAAAUCUUUUGAGAGGGACUUCACAUUAUUUCUGAGAUCGCGUUCGAUGGUCUCUGGUGGUCAUAUGGUCCUUACUAUCAUUGGCAGUGACAGGAAAGCUGAUUCUUCUGGCAACCAGAGUUGCACCAUCUGGGAGUUACUAGGAAUCACAUUAAAUGACGUGGUCCAAGAGAUACUGAACUCACUUUGCCUCCUCUUUCCCUCUGCAGAAACACAUGGUAUGAAUCAUUUAUCCUUGUUCUAUCACCCUGCUCCUCAAGGCUCAAGAUGGCCUGAUGUGUGUGAUUAUUCCAACCAUAUAUGCAUAUCGUUUCUCUAAUCUCUAUGCAAGUGUCACAGUGAUAUUUGGCCCAAAAUUUUUCCCAAAAAAAAAAAAUUUAAGAUGGCCUUUUUGGCUUAAUUUUGCAUUAACAUCAAUGUACGGUCAUGCUAUUUUCCUGCUGAAGGGGCAAGAAAACACAAGUCUGUCAUGAAAAAAUAUAACUUUGUAAAUUUUUUACAGUUAUAUGGUUAUCACUUUGUGUUUCUCAUGGUAAAUAAUAUUAAUCCAACGAAAUAUAGAAGAGGCAAAAUUGGACAGGUUCAAUCUGCCGUAUUAUGCCCCUACAGCAGAAGAAGUUAUGGAUGUGAUUCAAACAGAAUGGUUCCUUUAACAGUAAUGAAUUUGAAACGUUUGAAGUGGACCAGCAUUGUAACAUGGAUGGAAGUAACAAAAGCUUUAGGUAUGAUAAACCUACUAGAGGCAAGUGCGAGGCAAUGAGCAUAAGGGUAGUUGUAGAAUUCAUUCUGGCAUGUUAUUUUGGAGGAGAGAUCAAGGAUGAUUUGUUUGAAAUAUUUUCCAAGAAUAUAGAAGAGUACUUGGAGGUUGAGGAUGGGAAGUACACAAAUAUGAUUAUUUCCAUGACUAAGGGAUGAAUAUUUCCAAGCUCUUCCCAGAAGUUAUACUGUCAAAAAGUGGGGAUUAGAUCCUACAUCAUAUUUCAAGUUGCUCAAUGAGUCCAUUCAAACAAUCAGGUUUUGCAAGCUGAUAUAAUUAAAUUCAGGGGAAAUCAAAUUAUCUGAAUAUAAUUGUUUUAGUAUUUUUCA